AUGACGCGUGUAUCCAUCUUGUCUGCUGCUGCAGCUGCCGGCAUAGCUAUGCUCGUGUCAUCGACGUCAGCGCUGGACAAGAAACUCUACGGUAUCAACUACGACCUGCGACAGGGGCCGGACUGGGACCCCAGCAAGUGCAAGUCGGCCGACACGAUCGCGGCCGAGCUCUCGACUUUCGGCGCCUAUAUGUCGAGCGUGCGCACGUACAGUCUCUCGGACUGUGACGUCACGAGCGUACUCAAAGCGGCCAAGAAGAUGUCGAUCACCGUGUGGCUCGGCGUGUGGGUGUCCGAGGACGAGGCGGUAUACAAAGCAGAGGUCAAGGCCUUUGAGGAGCUCCUUCGUGCGGGCCUCAUUGACAGCACUGUCGUUGGCAUCAAUGUUGGCAGCGAAGCCGUGUACCGGAAGGACAUCAGCGCGGAGAAGUCGAUUGAAUACGUGGCUCAAUUUAAGCAGGUCUUGGCAGACAACGGCAUCCGCGUGCCUGUCAGUAUAACGGACAUUGUUGACACGUUUAUUCAGUACCCAGAGAUGCUCAAGGCCGGCGACAUUGUGACGGUCAACCAGUUUCCGUUCUGGGAGAAGGUGGAAGCAAAGAAGGCUGCAGCUCAUUUUGACAAGCGUAUCGAGCGUCUCUUGAAGAUGGCGGGCGACAUGGAAGUCGUUAUCACCGAGACGGGGUGGCCGACAGACGGGUUUGCUACGAACGGAUCGGUAGCGUCCGAGGAGAAUGCCGCCAUCUACUUGCACGACUUCUACGAGCUCGCCGAGUCUAAGGGAUGGAAGUACUACUACUUUGUGGGGUUCGACACGCCUUACAAGGCGAAGCAGGCUGACGACGCGACUACGGUCGAGUCGCACUUUGGCCUUUUUGAUGAGGCGGGGCACAUGAAAGCGGCCUACGAGGGCCUCACUCUCACCGCGAAAGGGAAUCUGUCGACGUCAAAUAGCCCCACGAAGACCGUCUCGUCGCCGUCUGACGACGGUCCAGGCACUGUCACUUCAAGCACAGGCCUCACCAGCAGCGACACGUUGAGCGGUAUCCAGUCGUCGAUGAACGCAGGCGAGGCGCCUCUGUCGACGAUCACGAACCAGGAGAGUAGUGGGUCGCUGCAACUUGCAGUCGUCAGCAUCACGGCGUGUCUGUGCGUUGCGUCGACCAUGAUCUGGAGUCUAUAA